AUUUAAUAUUCAAAACAGUUCUCUCGGCCCCGCUGCAAUAAAGGCAGAUAGCGGACCAUGGGGAGCAGGGGAGAAACUUUUUAUACAGACAUUCUCGCGCUAUGACUUUUGACUAAGACUUAACUGGGGCCAGGCUCCGGGUGUGAGGAGCGUACAAGGGCUCAUUUUUGUUCGGGAUCAAAAAAGGAGAAUUCGACUUCUCCCCCCGAGGGGAAAAAAAUACCCCUACCAAAAAAAAAAAAAAAAAAAAAACCCGAGUUCCAUUGAAAGUAUCAGCGGUGGCAAGUCGAAUUCAACCCUUUGGAUUGAAGAUGAGCUUAUUGUCUGCCAUAGACACGAGUGCCUCCGUGUACCAGCCUGCGCAACUCCUCAACUGGGUCUAUCUCUCUUUGCAAGACCCACACCACCAGACCAGCGCCUUUGACGCCUUCAGACCCGAACCCAACUCUUCCCACCCGGAUCUCAACUUCAGCAAGAGUCCCGCCUCGGCCGAACUGAGCUCUUCCCUCAACUCCAACUAUCUCAACAACUUCUUUCAGCUGCAGCGCAAUGAGGCCUUAAACAACAAUGUGUAUAAGAAUGUAUCGCCUUACGGCUCCCUGAACAACAUCGUGGAUGGACUCAACUCGCUGACGGACCACUUCUCAGACCUUUCCUUGUCCUCAGAGCCAAGAAAGCCCAACAAGAGACCGCCGCCCAAUUAUUUGUGCCACCUGUGCUUCAACAAGGGUCAUUACAUCAAAGACUGCCCUCAGGCCCGACCCAAAGGAGAAGGCCUGACCCCCUACCAGGGAAAGAAGAGAUGCUUUGGCGAGUACAAAUGUCCAAAGUGUAAGAGGAAGUGGAUGAGCGGCAACUCGUGGGCCAACAUGGGACAAGAAUGUAUCAAGUGCCACAUUAACGUCUAUCCACACAAGCAGCGUCCGCUGGAGAAGCCGGACGGCCUGGACGUGUCUGACCAGAGCAAAGAGCACCCGCAGCACCUGUGUGAGAAAUGUAAAGUCCUGGGUUACUACUGCCGCCGUGUGCAAUAAACCUCUCCUGUGUCGCUGUGGUCCGAGAGCCAAGAACUUUACAAGUUACCCUCCACUCCGUCGACCCUUGAAUCUUGCCGCAGCGGUGAUUCUAGUGACGGCGUAAAAGAUGACAUUCAGGAAAAAAACAAAAAAAAACAAAAGGAAUACAUUCGUGUAGGAUCAGCUUCUUGUGCAGGAAAAGCCCACGCAAGCAUUUUCUCAUUCGGCUCAUGUUACAGUCAUAGAUUACCUCAAUUUGUGGGGUUUGUCACCUUUGUGUUUACAGAAAUCCGCCUUACAUUUCCCUGACAAGUGAAGUGUGUCCGUGCAUUGUGUGUAUUUUAUAUACACUUAUAUGCGCCAUUGCCACAUUUAGGGUCAACAGCACAUCUUUAUUAACUGUGAAUUAACUGAGGGAUAAUGUGCCAUACAUCCCAAGCUUACAAGUGGCCUAUUUAUUUUCUUAUUAUCUAGUGUGCAAUUUGACUUUGAACUGGGACAGGAAAAAAAAAAAGAUUAUUAUUAUUUUUUUUUUUACGUUUGUUUUCCUGCAAUGUUGUGUAACUGCUCCCACGUGUCUUUAGAAACUACUGUAGGCUUAGUAUCACGCCGUGAUGUCAAGCGAGCAUCCGUGCAGUUUUUGGUUUAAAAUGUUCCCCUCCCCCACAAAAAACUGCUCACCGUGCAUAGGCUGAAUAUAUUUGUUGUUGUUUGAAGGAGGUUUUAGUGCUUGCUGGAGGCAGUGAAAAUACGGGACGUUUUGCUGCAACAGCUGAUUGUGGUAUAAAAAGUGCAGAGCAGGGAGAAUGAAGGUUGGCAGGAAAGCAGCCGUUUAAAGGCUGAUGAAGAACAAAGAAAAAAAAGGAAUUCAGGGCGGAGAGAUAAUGUCAUUGUGAUACGACGCAAUGUUAAGGCCAGUGAAAAUAAAAAAAAUAAUACAAUUACAUGGGGUAAAAAAGUAAAAUUAAAAGAACAAUUGCAAAAAUUACAAAGAAAAAGUCAAGUUUAAGUCUAAAAAGGUAAUAUUUAGAGAAUAAUGAUACCAUUUUGAUGAUAUUUACAGCUUUAUGUCACAAGACUACAUUACAAAUAUUACCAGAAAAAACUGUAAUGUUACAAGACUGGUGGUAUUAUUAUGAGGGGGGGGGGGGAAAUCUGAAAUUUAUGAGAUUAGAGUUCAUUCAGACAUUCAGAAAAAAAACAUUGUAAUGUUAAGAAAAAAAUGUGAUAUAAGAAAAACAGUGUAAUGUUACCUAUAUGAUAUGAAAAAAGAUGUUACAAGACUUGUUAAUAUUACAAAGAAAAUGUAAUGUUCAAAGAUCAAGUGGUAAUAUUUUGAGAAAACCGUAUCAUUGUACAAGAAAAAGUGUGUAAUGUUGAGGCUAAACAUUUUAGACUAUUAUUAAGACUAAAGUUUUUUGUUUUUUUCUUAAACAAGACUAAAGUGUUAAGCCGAUCUUAAAGGUGAGCGAAGAAAGUUGUAAUCAAAUAACGUUGUGGUGGUAGAAGAAAAAUUUACGAGACUCAAGUGGUAUAAUCUUCUGAAAAUAUUUCACAAUUGAAGGUUUUUAUGGUUGUGAUGCGGAGUCAAAAGUGGACCCAAAUGCAGGGAAGUGGGAGUAUGCAAAAAAAAAAAAAAUAUAUAUAUAUAUAUAUAUAUGUAUUCACCAAAAAAAAAAGCAAACAAGGUGUAAUCAAAAUCUAUGUUAAAAACUAAAUAAAAUUAAGACUCAAAGUAAAAAAAAAAAAAAAAGUCACUGCUCCAGACAAUGGGCAACAUGACAGAAAGAAGACAACGUGACGUAUGACAACAAUGACCUGAUGCACACCCACGGAACUAAAUAGAAUUAUUACCAAAAAUCUUGUUACGUGACCAAGUUGCAGUAUUCUGAGAAAAAUAGCUCGUAAAAAGCAUCAUUACAGCUGAAUUCUGUCAAACCGUGAAAAUCUGACUUUUACAAAUUCGACUUUAUUCUUGCAAAGUGACUCUGACUUAACUCACAUGGUUAUCCUCAUAAAGUAUUGCUUUAUUUUCAGUCUGGCCCUAAUAUUUCCGUGUAUUGUAAGGAUUUAUGGAAUGUGACAACGUUGGUGGUGGGAGGGAUUACCUUUGAAUGCUUUUACAGUGUCGUGAAAAAGUACUGGCUUCCAUCUCAAAAUGUUAUAUUUUUGCCAAUGUUUUUCUUCUUUAACGUUUAAGUUCAUCAAACAAAUGUAGUUAUCAGACAAAGAUAACUCAAGUGAACUUAAAAUGGUCUUUUGAAUUCACUUAUUGAAGAAAUAAAAACUUCUUCAAGUUACCUGGCCUUGUGUGAAAAAGUAAUGGCCCCCUAAACAACAUAACUGCUUGGGGCAUCCUCAGCAGCAACAACUGAAAUGAAAUGUUUUUAAAACUUCUUUCACAUCUCUGUGAAGAUAUUUUGAAGCAGGGUUCCUCGCAGAAUUGUUAGUAUUCAGCAAAAACAGAGGGUUUUUCGAACAAACCGACCUUUAGAAGGUCAUGCCACUGGAUUUCAAUGCGAUUCAAGACUGAGGUUUGAUUAGGCCACUCCAAAACCUUCAUUUGUUUUUUUUUUUUUUUUUUUUUAUUAUUAUUUAAGCAAUUCAGAACUUGGCUUGCUGGUGUGUUUUGGAUCAUUAUCCUGCUGCACAACCCAAAUGCGCUUCAGAUGAAGGUCAUAAAUUGAUGGCUAAAGAUUCUCCUUCAGGAUUUUUUGUUAAAUUGUAGAUUUCAUGGUUCCACCAAUCAUAGCAAGUUGUCCAGGUCCUGCAGGAGAGAAGCAGCCCAAGACUACCACACCACUACAAACCUGUUUGACCGUUGGGAUGACCUCCUUUUUCUGAAUUGCUGUGCUACAUUCACGCCAGAUGUAACAAGUCACACACCUUCCACAAAACUCAACUUUCAUCUUGUCAGUCCAUAUCAUAUCCUCCAAAAAACCUUGGGAAUCAUUCAGAUCUUUGUUUUUUUGUUUUGUAAGACAAGCCUUUAUGUGAGUUUUGGUCAGGAUUUGUUUUUACCGUGCAUCUGCACCACGGAUGGCAUUUUUGCCCAGUCUCUUCCGUACUGUGUCAUGAACACUGAUCUCAACUGAGACCGAGGGUGGCCUGCAGUUCUUUAGAAGUUCUUUGUGGUCUCCUGGAUGAGUCAUUGUCGUUCUCUUUGUGUGAUCUUUGUAGGUCGGCCACCCAACUGUUACAAGUUUUCUCCAUGUGAGGAAAAUGGCUCUCUGUAUGUGUCACUGAAAUUGUAAUGUUUUAGAAAUGGCUUUUGUAAGACUUUCCAGACUGAUAGAUGUCAAUAACUUUAUACCUCGACUGUUCUGGAAUUUCUUUGGAUCGUGUUAUUUUGUUGCAGGAUUUUUAGAUCUUUUGUCCAAUUUGAUUCAGUAAGGGCAGAUUAUGUUGAAGUAAUUUCUUGAUGGAAGAGGUCUGGAGGAAAUCAGUCCUGGGUGUGAUCAGUGAAAAGGAACCAAAAACUAUUAUAGUAAUCCAUGAUUUACUUUUUUCACAAAGGCCCAGGUAACGUUUUUUUCUUAGUGAAUCAAAGCGUCAUUUGAAAACUGAAUUUUAAGUUGAUUGGAGUUAUAUUUGUCUGAUAUUUACAUUUGUUUGACGAUCAUAAACAAUGUGGGGAAUAUAUACAAAUAUAUAACAAUUUGAAACGGGGACCAGUACUUUUUCACAGCACUGUAACUGUUUGACAUGUGCAGUACAAGAGUAUCAACUACAAUGAAUAUACUAUAUGCAGCUUAGAUAGAAACCUGCCUUAGGAUCAGCAUAGGAAAUAUUUUUAUAGGUAUGUCUCUUUUUUUUAAAGCUCCACAUAUGAAAAUCAUACUAUUUUUAUACCGUAAUAUAAUGUAUGUGCCUUGGGUGAGUUCAAGAAACAAAUUUAAGUCAAGUUGGUGCCAGGUGGCUUCUUUGUGAUGCAAUGACGAGAGAUGUCGUACAAUGAGUUGCAGGUGUGCUAAUAAUAAGAAACAAUUGAGGUUGGGCUUUUUUUUUUUUUUUUUUUGCUGAGAGCCCCCCCCCCCCCCUCCAUACAGUUACCAAGUCUCCCCUACUUUUAAACUACCGUAAUUCCCGGCCUACGGAGCGCUCCUGGUUAUAAGCCUCCUCCAGUACAUUUGUAAAGGAAAUACCAUUUGUUACAUACAUAUGCCGCACCUGUGUAAAAGCCGCAAGUCCCCACAUUGAAAUACGAGAUAUUUACAAAGACGGUACACAGAGAGUUUAAUGCUAGUGCCACCACGCAAAUGCUAGCGCUGCGCUAACAGAGCCAGUUAAAAAAAAACAUACUGGUAAAAAUCACAGAGACAAGGCAGUAACACGCUAGCGCAACACUAAGAGGGCUGGACCGGUAAAAGUCACUUCUUCGGCACAUAUAUUCCGCCGGUCCCACUUUUACCUUUUCCGCUCGAGUCCACCCUUGUGGCCGUUAGAAAAAAAAUGUACAUAUUAGCCGCAUCACCGCAUAAACCGCAGGGUUGAAAGCAUGUUAAAAAAGUCGCGGCUUAUAGAUGUCUUAUAAAUUUGACACGACAGUGAUGAGUGUUGUUAUAACCAUACCAAAUUUGGAUUAAAAAAAAAAAAAAAACACUAUGUAAAAGGAGGCUUCAAAAUCAUGAAUAACAGGGCGCAACGAAUGGGUCAGAUUGAAUUUCCUAACGUGCCCGGUGUCUCCGCACUCAAAUACCGUGGGUCGUGUCCACUUACUGUGCUGAAACCACGUCUUGGGUAACUGUCUGUCAAGCCCCACCAGGUCUUUUUCUUUGCCUACACAUCCCCGCAAAGAUAUAGCCACUUAAAAACUCGGGUGGUCAGAAUAUAUAUCUCAAGGUAUUUACCCAUCAGCUAGUUAGCAAGUUAACAGGCUUCACGAAGCCUACUGUGGACCUCCUCGCUCGGUUGUGUCAGUCCGCAUUAUAGAGAGAAUUAAAGGUAAGUCAGCCAUUUAUUAAACACGGCGGGACACGUUUAAUAUUCACACUAUUACAGAGAUUUUAAGGAUCUAUUUCCUUCUGGUUACACACUAUUUCCAUUGCCAAUUCAAUUUAAACUACUAAUACUGUAACUGAUUUUUUUUUUCCCUCAGAUGGGAUGGUUUGUAGUUCAAGUUUUUUUUUUUUUUUUUGCUGCAUUUUCAGCAAAUUAUCUUCAAACAUUUAAAAAGUAAUCACUGAAUUCACUUUAUAGCACAGGUGUCAAACUCAAGGCCUGGGUGCCAGAUCUUGGCCCACCACAUGAUUUUAUGUGGCCCGCGAAGGCAAAUCUAGAGUGUCAACAUGAUUCUUGUAAAAAUCUGUACCAUAAAUUCAAAUUGUCAGAUAUCAUAAAUGAUCAAAUUAAGAUAUUACAAGCAAUUUUGUGUUAUCAAAUGUGAAUAGUUGAAAAACAUUACCCUUGAUUUCUGAUUCUAAAACUAGUUCAUAAAUUGAUGAUGUAAAUAUGAUGAGAUGAUUAAAUAUUUUUGUUCCACAGUCAUAACGGCCCUCUGAGGGAAACCGGAACCACAGUGUAGCCCGUGAGAAAAAUGAGUUUGACACCCCUGCUUUAUAGCGUCUUAAGACAGAAUUGUAAGAUUGUGAUCAUUGACAGUACACUACGUCUUUUGAGCAAUCCUAACAAGAAAUAUUGUCAGAAUACUUGCAAACUGAGUCUUGAACCUGGACUACACCUGCAACGUAUACCCCCGCACAUCUUACAAUUGCUCACGAUAAAUCACGUGCCUGUCUCGUAAAAGUAAAAACAGACCGUGGAGGAAGAACUUUACUUUGUUGAGACCGAUGAAGCGAGUGCAGCCACAAAGGCUGUGCCUAGGUUUUCCAUUUCGCAAAACUUUGGUACCCCUCAGCUCGGAUGAGACCUGCUUGAAACAUGUUUAUUCCCAUUAUUACACAUCAUCAUUGGGAACAAUACGCUUUUUGGUUUUUGGAGGGGGGUGGGGUUGGGGGGCAAUCUUAAAAACAGGCCUGCGAGAGCGUUCCAUCUCGGCCACCAUGCAUUAAAACCAAGAAAUGCGGAUUAUGUAUGACAACAAGCAUUUCUUUGCAUCACAUUUUUAAUGUAGACGUAUAUGUAGGAAAAAUGUUACAACAGCCCUGCACUAUGUGAAGACACCAGCAGGCCUUUUCAAACACACCGUUUGGUGCGCCAAUGAUGCCUUUGUCGUAACCGCACUGGAGCGAUUAAACAACAGUUUUCAAAUGGGGCCUGGUGAUGACGCAAACGGCACAUCAGGAGCAAACCGUGGAGAAAAAAAAACAAAACGAAAAACACUAUUUUCUUUUGUCUUGAAAUUACAUUUAUACUUGACUUUUCUAUUAGUUUUUCAGUAUAUAUAAUAGCCGAUUUAAAAUAAACUGAGCGUAUAUACAGUAUGUGUAUUUUGCAACAACAAAGAAUAUUUUAUAGCAACCUAACUCGAGUUAUAACAAAUAUUUUAUGAACGAUGACUGUUUAUGUAUAUAUUUGAUGGCCGUCAUUCUGAAAGUGUUAUGCAAUAUCAAAGACUUUGUGUGUGUAUGUGUGUGCGUUUGUGAAGAAGGGCCUUCACUGAGACGUAAAACCUCGCUGGGAGUUUUCUUUCCUCUUCUUGGAUGUUUUACAAGAAUCUGCAGAAGUAUUUAUGGAUUUAAGAAAAAAAAAAGUUUUUGUAUAGAAUAUGCAAACAAUGUUACACUACGGAGAAAAUAUUGAUUUCUACAUAGAUUAUUAUUAAAAAAAUUGAACAAGAAAAAGCUGGUACAUAACUAAUCUCAAUUAUAAAUCAUUGUGUUUUUAUUAUUAGUUAAAUAAUCCAGAUUAGUGUUACUAAUUGUGAGCUGAUAUACAAACAUGCAUAACCGCUUUGUGGCUAACAAGUAUGAUAUUGUGUAAACGUGCAGAAUAAAUAUCUCGUCGCCACUGUAUGAGCUUGUUAAAACUGUGAGACGCAGCUUGCCUCGAGCUGAUCUAUUAUGGGAUGUUCCAGUGUUAUCGCUAGCUGUUCGCUCACGACAAAGAACUUGUUGACAGUUUGCAUGUGCAUGUGUCCAAUGGAGUAUUACGUUUGUGCAAUGUUACACAUUAUUUAAAUCUCUUUUUGUUUGUUGCAGUAUUACAUUUACAGCUCUUUAAAUACUAGUUACGGAAUGUAUGUGGUGUGGAAACAACUAGAUGUGUCGAUCAGUUGUUACACAAUAUUGGAACACACACAAGAAAAAAGAAACAAGGACUUUUGGGAAGUUUUUCUGGGAAGAAAAAAAUUAAAAAACAAAACAAAACAAAGGACAUUCAUGGUUCCGGGAGGCGACCAAACCGCGGGUCUGUUUUUCACGUCCAUGAAAUGGCAUUCCAAAAUGUGCCUUAUUUGUUAGCUAGCAAAUAAUUUUUAGUGCUCUAGUGAUGACUAUUUUGAUGAAUAAAAGUCUGGCUGAAAGUCUGCCUUCUUUUUUUG